ACUUCAUUCAUUCAUCCAUUCAGGUGAAAUGACAGCAGAGAAAAAAAUGGAGAUUGAGGACGCAUCAAGUGGAGCAUCCAUUGCCUUCCCUCUUGGCUUAGCUCUUCUCAUUGCCGUAUUGUUCUUCUUUUGCACCUUCUUCUGCUGCUGCUUGCAUUGGGAAAAGCUCAGACCUUUCUUUCCAUUUUCUUCUCGGAAUAUCACCACUCUCCCUCAUCACCCACUCACACCCAUAACUCCCCCUCCUCACAAACCAGGCUUUCCCGUCUUGAUGAUGAAACAGAACAGUGGUGAGAGCUUUCCGGUGCUGAUGCCAGGAGAUGAGGUUCCAAAGUUCAUAGCUUUAUCAUGCCCGUGUCAGCCUCCGACAAAUGAAAGGAUCACAAUCCAUGUGCACAAGGCAGAACCAAAUGAUUUUUGUUGAGCAAAGUAAAAAACUGUAUAGCCUUGCUUAAAUACCAAGUUGCAAUCGGCAAACUCGUCUCAAGUUCCUGCAAGAAAUUUCGGCUCUACAAACUCAAACAUCUGUGGAUAGCUUUGUGUUGAGUUGAGAGAAAUGAUUAACAAAAGCUCGCGGAGUUGAAGUGAUGAUUGGAAAAUUAAAGCUGUGCAUCAUCAUCAUCUCUAGCUGUUUAUAACUUUCCUUUUGGAUGGCACAGCAUAGAAUUUUCUCUUCUGUAGAAUUUGUAAGUUGGUAGGAAGAUGGUUUAAAUUACAGGGUAGAGGUUGGUGACAAGAUCUUGAAUACGACAGGUCCUUCUGUAAGAUUGCAGAGAUACGGAUUGUUAGCUAAGGAAAUUAAUUUUUCUGAAACAAUUCAAACAUUUGCAAGGUACAAAUGUUUU